AUGCUGCGUCGCGUUGGCGUCCUACGGCUCUGGCGGCCCUCGAGGCCACUUGCAACCGCCGCUGCGGGUUCUGUUUUGAGCAAAGGCACCGCAGCGUCCGCGGCCUCCGUAUCGCCUGCCUCCCUGGCGAUCCUGAAGUACACCUACGAGGUGGUGGACACGCCUGAAAAAUUAGACGAGGCAGUCCUCUCCUUGCUGCGGGCGCGUUCCAUUGCGCUUGACAUUGAGGCCUUCUGCACAACAGAGGAGGCGAAGCAGUUGGGGCGCAUUUCCCUCCUACAAGCCUGCUCAGAUGCGAAACCGGUGGUGUUUCUCUUCGACGUGUUAACCCUUACGACUCCCGUGUUUGUGAAGAGUGUGCAACCACUACUGCAAAAUAGCGGAAUAAGAAAAUUAUUUUUUGAUUGUAGGCGGGAUGUGGAGGCGCUGAGCUCUCAGUUGGGGCUGAAGCCUGAGGGUGUGUUAGACCUCCAAGUAUUUUUCACAGCCAUUCAAUGGAAACUUCGCAGUGUGAAUCGCCGUUCCGGUAUGGCGUACGUGCUGAAGAGCGUUGCGGGUCUUACACGGCAGGAUGGUGAUUCGGCUGUGCAGGCCGCCAUGACACUUGGAAACCGCCCUGUCUGGGACAUUCGCCCGUUGCCGGACCACUUUCUGGAGUAUGCUGCCGAUGAUGUACGGCACAUUCUCCUCUUGUCCAACUGCCUUCUGGAGCAGAGGAACGUCCCAGUAGAUGUGGUCGCAGUGGAGCGCCUCACCGCCCAAUACGUUGAGCAUUAUGCAAUUGGAAAGCCUGUUACCGAGGAGGCUGACGCGACACCCGCGGAAGUCAAUGUCGCUUGGUUGGAGCGCUAUAUUGGGCCAGGCGGUGUGUGUCACUUCUGCGGUGCCAAGGGCCACACGGAGGCAGAGUGCUUCAAGAAGCAAAACGGGAAAGCCAAGUGCUCUUUCUGCGGUGAAAUGGGGCACACUGCAAGAAACUGUUUCAAAAAACAUCCACAACUGCUUAAGUGUGAGAAAUGCGGGCAACUUGGGCACACCAGUGCAAGCUGCUUCCGAACAAACCCUUGUAUUCACUGCGGUGGUCCGCACAGUAGUGCGAAUUGUCACAAGAUGCUGCGGCAGCGAAAGUUCUUUCACGAAGCAUCCCCGCCCUAA